GGAGCAAACGGCAGUGCAUUUAGAGCUAGAUCACGAGCACAAAAGUAAGAUUCUACAAAGUUUGGAAGAAGCGUUGUGGUUUUUUUCGGCUCUGCUCCUCCUUCGGUGUGGCAAUAACUGAUCUACCUCCAAUACUAUCAUUUUAAUUUUAUUUUAUAUUUCUAAUAUUUUUAUAUUGUUUCUACUCCGUAUCCUGCCAUACAGGACACUAAGGCAACAGUGCACUAUUUUCGUUUGUUCGUAUUUAUAUUGUUGUGCACUAAUAAUUUAAUAAAAUGCACACCACGCAGAAGGACACCACGUAUACGAAGAUAUUUGUUGGGGGUCUUCCUUACCACACCACGGACACAAGUCUCAGGAAAUACUUCGAAGUGUUCGGGGAGAUCGAAGAAGCUGUCGUGAUAACCGACAGGCAGACUGGCAAAUCGCGAGGCUACGGCUUUGUGACGAUGGGGGACCGGGGAUCAGCAGACCGGGCGUGUAAGGACCCCAACCCCAUCAUCGAUGGCAGGAAGGCCAACGUCAACCUGGCGUACCUGGGGGCCAAGCCCCGCGUCAUACAGACAGGUUUUGCCUUCGGGGUCCCACAGCUGCACCCAGCAUUUAUCCAAAGGCCUUAUGGGAUUCAGGCGCAGUACAUGUACCCGCAGGCCUACAUGCAGCCCAGCCUGAUGAUCCCUCAGGUCCCGCCCACCGCCUCCACACCGGCCGCCUCCCCGUACCUGGACUACAGCGCUGCCUACGCGCAGUACUCCACCGCCAGCAUGGCGGCCGCUGCCUAUGAGCAGUAUCCUUACGCCGCGUCGCCCGCCACGCCCAGCUACCUGGCUGCCGCCGCCGGGUACGGCUACGCGGUCCCACCCGCCCUGGCAACGCCCACGCCCGGCUCUGCCCCGCCCACGUUCGGGCAGUUCCAGCAACAGCAGCUGCAGACUGACCGGAUGCAAUGACAGCCCCAGACCUGGCAGACGUAUACACCUGCUACCACCUCACUGAGAGGGGCGGGGCCAGCUUACCUGGAUGCCCAGUCUGAUCAUCGCGGGAAUGGAGUCUGAACAUUUGCGGGGGGCGGAGUUUGAACAUUGUGGGGGGCGGAGUCUGAUUAUUGUGGGGGCGGAGUCUGAUUAUUGUGGGGGUGGGGUUUGAACAUUGUGGGACGAAGUCUAAACAUUACGGGGGUGGGGUUUGAACAUUAUGGGGGCGGAGCCAGAACAGAUUAGUUUAUUUGCCGAUGAUGAUAAUACUAUAAGUAGAAACACAUCUGGACUUGCAGUGAUAAAACAAAGCAUACAAAAACAGCUGCAAGGAGAAGGACUAAUAAUAUUAGUAGUAGUAGUUAUAUAAUUAUAGUUAUAGUACGAAUGUUAGUAUUAGCGGUAAUAGUAGUAGUAAUAGCAAUAGUAUUUUUUGUGGUCACUGUCUUUUUCAUGUGAUUAUUUAUUGAGGUUUUGUUGAAAGCACAGUGUAAUGGAGUACACCUCCAGGCCUAGACCGCCUCAUCUCCACAGAGCACACUGAGAAUCAGCAUGUAGGAACACCUACACGCACCCCCACACACACACACACGCACACGCGCACACACACACACGCACACGCGCACACACGCACACACACACACACACACACACACACACGCGCACACACACACACACACACCCCCCCCGCCACACACACACACACACACACACCCCCCCCCACACACACACACACACACACUCUUGUGUGUGGGACAGACAGUCACAGCUGUGUACAUGCAGCUGUUUAGACACAGAGCAUUUUGGGUCAGCCCCCCACUCAAACCGAACCCCAGUUGUGCUCAUUUGUUCAACUGUCACAUUUUACUGCCUCCCCGCCAGUUAGUGAACACACUCCCAACCUCACUGAACACUCCAACUGCACUGAACAAUCCAAACUCACUGAACACUCCCAACUGCACUGAACAAUCCAACCACACUGAACACUCCCAACUGCACUAAACACUCCCAACUGCACUGAACAAUCCAACCACACUGAACACUCCCAACUGCACUGAACACUUCCAACCACACUCACUGAACACUCCCAACCACACUGAACACUCCCAACUGCACUAAACACUCCCAACCUCACUGAACACACCCAUCCACACUGAACACUCCCAUCCACACUGAACGUUCCUAACCACAUUGAACGCUCCUAACCUCACUGAACACACCCAUCCACACUGAACACUCCCAACCACACUGAACACUCCCAACUGCACUGAACACUCCAUCCACCCUGCACACCUGUUCUGGGCAGGGACCAGGGAUAUUUCUGUACCUUUCUGGACCUCAAACCCACGCCCCUGAACAUGAAUACAGACACCCCUGAACACGAAUGUGCACCCCAGAAAGCCAUCUUCUGUUUAACGUAUUUAUUUACCGGGGCUGACAGUGUUCAAAGGGGUGCAGCCGUAUAAAUUAAUAUCAUAUAUUCAUCUCAUGGCAUGUAAGUUAUUGAGUAGAUAAACAUAAUCAACCAAACAUGUUGCCUUAGCAUAUAUAGGAUAUAUUUAUUAUAGGACAUAGGAUAUAUUUUUAAGUCUAUAUUUAAGUCUGUACGUACACGAGAUGGUCAUUUUUUGUCGCUCUGAAUUUUAGAAUGAUAUACAUUUUUGGGUAGUUUCAUACAUUUUGUAUAAAACAUUAUUUUAGUGAUGAUGUACUCUGGGGUUAAAACCCAAGAACAGACAGGGAGAUCCUGCCUCAAAUGAGAAUGUUUUGUUGGGAAUUCUUAUACUUGAACUGCUUCUUUCAAGGGAAUACAUGAAGUGAAUGACAUAAGAUAGCACUGUAAAAAAGCUUUAACUUACACUGGAUUACAGAACGUACAGCGUUUUGCAGAAAAUGCCGGUGUUAUUUAAAACAUGAAAGCAGGGCAUUUUUAGAUAUAUCAGCAUUGUUACAGAAUGUCCAUAUUGCUUCUAAAUUUAAAUAAAUAAAAAACUCUGCGUAAAUGGAAA